CGUUGUCGCUCUCGGCAGCUGUCAGAUUCGAGAGCAAAGAACCAAACGGCAAAAACACGGUCUUUAACACCCAACAAUGCCGAUGAAUCCGCCACUUUCCUGUGUAAAGAUGGCAUUCUAACACAAACAGGUGGCGCUGCGACCGAGAGUUUAUGUCGGCCUAUGGACGUGAUCAAGACUGGACUCUGAUCACACGUGUAAAGUUUGAGGCAGAUUGGAGCAUGUUUAGGGCAGUUACACAGCAGUUGAUGUUUCAUGGCGAAGUAUCAAAAUUCGGGAGGCCGCCAUCGCCACGCCCUCAGACUUAAGUGUUGAUGUCACCGCCUUGACGAAUAGAAGAAAAGCCUGUAUUUGGUGUUGAUGUCACCGCCUUGACGAAUAGAAGAAAAGCCUGUAUUUGGACUGCUGAUAUUCAUCCCCUGACCCCUCUGACCUCCAUCCCAUCGUCACCAUGGAGACGGCCAACAGCUACGUGCUGAUCCAUGGGAAGAACAUCUCCCAUAACACCCUGGCAGGUUCUGCAGUGGGACCCCACAUGUCCAUCGACAAGUUGUUCCCGGCUCUCCUCGAGUGCUUUGGCAUCAUACUGUGUGGUUAUAUCGCUGGCAGGGCUGAUAUCAUCACUGAGAGCCAGGCCAAGGGUUUGGGGAACUUUGUGUCCAAGUUUGCUCUUCCAGCUCUGCUCUUUAAAAACAUGGUUCUGUUGGACUUUGGAAACGUCAUUUGGGCGUUUCUCUGGAGUGUCCUGGUCACUAAGGUGACGGUGUUUGUGCUGGUGUGUGUCCUGACACUGAUGGUGGCCAGUCCAGAAAGCAGAUACAGUAAAGCUGGUCUGUACGCCAUAUUUGCUACGCAGAGUAAUGACUUUGCUUUGGGAUACCCAAUAGUUGAUGCUUUGUAUCGCAGCACGUAUCCAGAAUACCUCCAGUACAUCUAUUUAGUUGCUCCGGUCUCCCUAAUGCUUCUCAACCCCAUCGGCUUUGCUCUUUGUGAGGUGCAAAGAUGGAGGCAGGCCAGCCAUCCACAGCACAGUACUGCUGGCAUCCUGGGAGUUGUAGUCUUACAGGUGUUGAAGAACCCAAUAGUGUUUAUGGUGAUUGUAGGAAUCAUCUCCCACUUUGCUCUCGGUCAGCGGAUACCUGCUGUGCUGUCGGAGUUCAUAGACGGUCUGGCUAAUUCCUUUGGAGGGGCAGCGUUGUUUUACCUUGGACUCACUAUGGUCGGUCAACUUAGAAAACUGACCAGAGACACUGGAGUAGCCUUGAUUCUGCUCAUCACAGCCAAACUCCUUAUAAUGCCGCUGGUCUGUAAAGACAUGGUGGAUAUUCUGGACGUGGGAGUCAACAGCACCAGUGCCAACCACACCAGUUUGUCCAACUUUGCUUUCCUUUAUGGAGUCUUCCCAACUGCACCCAGCGUGGCUAUCUAUGCUGGACACUAUAACAUGGAACUAGAGGUGGUAACAUCAGGGAUGGUGAUCAGUACAUUCCUGUCUGCUCCGAUCAUGUACGUUUCUGCCUGGUUAUUAACAAUCCCUCUGAUGGAUCCAACCCCUCUGGUGACAGAGCUGGAAAACGUUAGCUUCAACAUUAGCAUCGUCAGCCUCGUAGCGCUGGUGUGGACCAUAGCGGUGAUGUUGCUCAGCAGAAAAUUUAACAGACUUCCUCACCUGUUUGUGUUAAAUCUUUUCCUGGCUCAGUUCCUGGUGUGUGUCAGUAUGAUCUUGUGGAACUUCCUGGUGAAACAGGAAGAUAAUCUAGUGGGGAAGAUUCUCACCUUCACUUUGCUCUAUGGAUCUCUGUACAGCACAUAUAUAUGGACAGGUUUAAUCCCUCUGUGUCUGGCUCUGACUAACAGAGACGAUCUGCUGAGGCUCCGACCAGGAGUCUUCAUGAUCCUGGGUUGGGGAGUUCCCUUCCUGAUGGUCGGAGGUCUUCUAAUAUCAGGAGAAAGGACUGAAACCAUUGACUCGGCCUUCUUCUAUGGCAGAGCUCAGAUAAUCAGCACUGCAGUGGUUCUCGCCGUCAGCCUGGUCCUUGGUGCAAUUUCUCUGAUGGGCCUCAGUCAGGGCGACAGGGAGCAGAGCGGCUACCAGGCCCUGAGCAGAGCUGCUGUAAUGGGCAUCAACGACGAACUGAGGGCCCCUGCUGGCCUGGAGGAUCCAGCAACACAACAACAACAACAGCAGACACAGGUGGCAAAUUCACCUGCCUGCAGCAUCAACUCAGACCUACACAAUUUCUCUCCUCUCCAGCCGAUACCCGACAUGAUAGCAAGCACUCAGAGGGAGCACACAAACAGCACCGGUCACAGUGGGGCGCUGUGUGACGGCCAGCAGCAGCAGAGUUCUUCCUCCUCUGAGCAGCCGCUGAAUCUUCCUCCUCCAGGUCCUCAAACCACUGAUGAUAAACAGACUCUGAGACACGUUCUGCUCUGUCUACUGCUCUUCGUCAGCCUGCUGGCGAACCUGUCCAGCUGUCUGUGGUGGCUCUUCAACAAAGAUCCAGGAAGACUUUACCUCGAACUGCAGUUCUUCUGUGCUGUGGCCAACUAUGGACAGGGUUUCCUGUCCUUUGGGAUUUUUGGUCUGGACAGACACCUCAUCAUCCUGCCUUUCAAGAAGAGGCUGCUCAGUCUUUGGCAGAGCAGAGAAACUGAGGAUCUGAGUCCUUCAGCUGUACCAGAGGAGGUCCGACUCACCUGCACUCAGUUUGUCCGCUACCACAAAGACCAGUGCGUCCAAGACAUAGUGCACACUCGCAGUAACAGGUUUGGAGGAUGGCAGGAGGCCGAUAGUGCAGUUUUGAGACAUUGCCCUUCCCGUCAACCCCGACACCUUCAGGAGCAACUGAGCCACGAGUCGCAAAAUCUGCACCCGUUUCAUGAAAAUCAAGAUCCUGCUGAAUCCAACGGCCAAUAUUUGCCUCCAUCCCAACUUCACCCAGAAUCUGAGAAUGAACACCGAGUACAUAUUCCCAAUCCCGGUGCACCCGAGGAACAGAUUUCCCAACUUCAGUCCAACCAAGCUGACAACCAGCAUGGUUUUACUUCAGUCGUGUUUCGAGGCUGCGACCUGGUGGACUGGCUGCUUGAACGAGGCCUCUGCUCCGGGCGGAUCGAGGCCGAAAUCUACGGCGUUCGUCUUCAGCAUGGAGGAGUGUUGGAUCAUUUGACAGGACAGCACUGCUUCAGGGACGAACCAACCCUGCUGUACUGCUUCAUACCGGGGAAAGACGAACCCAAGGAAGAGGAUAAACAAGAUCGGAGGUAAAGGCGGCAACCACUAUGGCUGAGUUAUGCCAAAGCGGAAGUGCCUUAUGGUGCAGUUUGUCCAGUUUUGAUGGAAAAAAAAACAUAGUCUGGAUUAGAUGAGAAAUCCAGAAAUUCUCAGUAGAAAUUUCACUCUACUGUGACAGUUUUGCGCCAUAAAGAUGAUAUUAAGUGGAACAUUUGAUGGAUUUUUGCCUUGACUGACAUUUGUCUCGGCUGUUCGCAGUGGUUUCCCAUUGCUUCUCCACUCAACCUUAAACCUGCAGCCCAAAUGUGAGAAUUACUAGCUGAGCCAACUGAGAGGCUGCAUUUAAAGAGAUGGUUGGAGUCAGUUAAAGAAUCAACAAGCGCCCCCUACUGAUACCUGACCCCUCCUGACUUUGGACCAGUUUUUUUUGUUUCACUUUCUCCACUGCUCUGAACUUGAUGGCUUUUUGAUUUGAGUCACUGUGAAAUGUGAACAGGAUUGCCUGACAUCUUUAUAACAUCAUUUAUGUGCAAGCCAGUGAGAAGAGCAGACCUGUAAACCAACAGAACUGUUCACUGAAAGCCGACGACAUCUUCCCCACAGAUUUUUAUGUUGUCUAGGGGUCAAACAGUAUGUUGUUUUUUUCUUUUUUCAGGGCAGAUACCGAUUAUUAGUUAUCAAGAAGACCAGAUACCUGCUGUAAUAAUGAAAAUCUUAGUGUAAAAAUUUUGAAUAAUUUUGUUGAAAGGGCUUCAUUUUUUGAUGUUAAAAGCGAACUCGUCAACUUUCAUCUGUCAGUGUUGAUACGCUGUUACUUGUGACACAUAACCAAUCAGAUAGCACAAAAUAAUGAUACAGAUAAUUGGACAAAUGCUGAUUAUCACAUCCAAGUAAGCAUGUAAAUUGGUUGUUUGCCAUUAAUAAUUUAACCAAAUGAAAAUAUAUAAACUGAUAAAGCAGAAAGCAUAUUGUCAAUUAGAUGUAGUACCAGGUUGUUCCACCAAGUGGCAUCUCUUUUUGUUUAAUGUUGUAGCAACCCGAGGAAGCGGUCACUCAGAUGACGAGGAAUUUCCUUUUGUCAAGCAGACGGCAUUGUGGGUGUUUAGCUAGCAACAAUCCACCAUGACAGAGACUUCUGUGGCGGUUAAUGGGUUCUGGUCAAAGUUCACAAUCAGAGGAUGAAUCUAAGUUAAAAGGACAACUACUGAAUAGCUAAAAAAACUGUCUGCACAUGGAAUAAUAUCCUAACACUUGUUUGAAUAACUAAUUGAUUACUGACUGAUGAUGCUACCAACUACUGGUUUGGAUUUUUUUAUUUUUUGUUAAAUUCGCAUCCGUAGAUCUCAUAAUAGAUCAUCUGUUGACCUCUAAUGUUGUCAGGCCUGUUACCUAGCAUUUUAUUAUUUUGCACGCUGUAUCUUUUAAUCACUCUGGCCUACGCUGACUACUUCCAUGACUCAGAGCAAGUAGAGAAUAUUGUGGGGGUUUAGCUAGCAAAGGGCCACUAUGACAAAAACUUCUGUUGCGGUUAAUGACUGCUGGCCAGAUUUUAAGAUUUAAGAAUGAGCCUACAUCUAGAAGGACAACAGCCCGGUAGCUAAAUGGCAAAGAGGCAAAUCUGCACAUGGAAUAUUCUUCACUAGACCUCAUUAUUACUGACUGAUAACGCUGCUGACUAUUGGUUAAGAAAACUGUUUAAAUUUUGCAUCCCCAGAUCUGACAGUUGGUCAAACUGAUAUCGAGUCGACCUCUAAUAUUUUCAUGUUUUGUUUCAGAUGAAAUCAUCCUGUGAUUCUGCCUGUUACUUCAGUACUUUAUUAUUUUGCACGCUGUGUCUUUUAACCACUUUGACUACUUGCAUGACUCGGAGCAGGACUGACUCCCGCUCAGCACUGAACCUUUUGCACUGACUGAAUAAUGUCAUAUUUCACAUGUUUUUGAAUUAUGCAACUCACUGGAUAUUUGUCUUGUGAUGAUGCUGCAGAAGAUGUUUAUCUUUGCGUCUUGUAAUUGUUUUGCCGCAUUCAGUUUGAAACAUUUGUUCGGGACUGAUCUUGUCGCUAAAUUAAUUCAUUCAACCAGAGUGGAAAUUUAGCACAGAUGACUUUUUCAUCCAAAUCUGCUUCUAGCCUGAUUUAUUUCUUUGGCACUGAGUUGAAACUGGACACAAACACAUGUAGUUGUUGUGACUACACAUCUAUACGUCAUUCCAUCUCAAAUCGUCACGUUUUUUAGAACAAUUUCUACUUAACCAUCUCUGAUUUGCCAGAAUUUUUGUCGAGCCUAAAAUAUGAAAUUAAAAAGGUAUUUGUGCUUCAUAUAUCAAACACUUUUUUUGUCAACCCACUUUCAGUGCCAUUUACAUUAAAAUAUUUUGCGAUUCUACAGAAACUCCAGAAACUUUUUAAAAAAUGACUCAAAAAUUGUCUGAAUACAAUAAAUAAUUCAGAAAUGAACUGAAGCAGAUUUAGCAAAUAUUUAGAAUAAAUGAUCCAGAAAUGUGCAAAACAUGAUCAAGGAAGGAUCCAGACAUGAUUUAAAGAUGAAGGAAAGAUUCAGAAAUCAUAACAAAAUAGUCUAGAAGCAACAUAAAAAUCAAGAAAUUACCCAGAAAAAUAAUCUGAUUUGAUAAAGAAACAAACCAGACAUCAUAUAAAACUACUAAUAAUGUGAAAAUAUGUGAAUAUUAUACAAAAAGGAUGCAGAAAUGAAGAGAAAUAAUCGAGACGAGAGUAUGAAAUCAUCCAGAAAAAUUCUGAUCUGAUAAAGAAACAAAUCUGACAAUAUAUAAAGCUACUAGUAAUGAGAAAAUAUGUGAAUAUCAUACAGAAAAGAUCUGGAAAAAUUCCAAUCUGAUAAAGAAACAAACUUGAUAUUAUAUAAAAAGACUACUAAUGAGAAAAUAUGUGAAUAUUGUACAGAAAAGAUCCAGAAAUUAAGCAGAAAUAAUCUGGAGAGAGUAUGAAAUGAUCCGGAAAAUCUCUGAUCUGAUAAAGAAACAACCUUGAAAUUAUAGGAACGAUUAAAAAUAUAAACCUGAAAUUUUCACUGUUAUUCAUCAUAAAUGCAUUGAUUCAAAAUCUGUACUAUUGGACAAGUAGAUCAAAUAAACUCUGAUUUUGGGUGAAAUGUGAAAGAAACUGAAGCAGUUACACAAAAAUCCCAUUUCUGAGCACAAACUAACAACAUUAGAUCAAAUAAAAGUCAACUAGUGAUAUUUUCUGAACCAUAUGUAGCUGUAUGUCACAAUAAGAGCCAAUAAAACAUGUAGAAUACUUUUAAAUCUGAAAUACGAGAUCCCAAAUUUCAAAAAACAAGUUGUUUUCAUUGAACCUUCAUAACUGAUUGAGCAGGUAUGAAAACAUUUCUCAGAAACUAUUUGAUAUAUCAUGCUAUAAUAUCACAGAUAAAAUUCUAAUCUAAAAAACUUUACAAAUCUCAGAUGGUCAAGCAGAAAGCCCUCAGCCACCAUUGCAGUCUUGAUAUCUUCUCCUACUUUUUUCACAGUUUAGCUUGCCGUACGUCGCUCACAAAAAAAAAAUACUUAACUGUUU